UUGGCCUCCAUUUUCCCCGAGCGCGGUAGAGUGAAUGUUCUCUGCGAGAAGAAUUGUUAAGGACUUGGUAUGAUAGUUCUUCCACGUUUAUGAUUUUGUAGUAGUUUAAUUAAGUCAAUUUUCUAUCGUCAUGCCGCCAAAAAAAUCUAUGGAGGAAACGGAUCGCUUGACCCGUAUAGCAAUUGUAAAUUCCGAUAAGUGCAAGCCCAAACGAUGCAGACAAGAGUGCAAGAGGUCAUGUCCGGUGGUGCGAAUGGGAAAACUCUGUAUAGAAGUUAACCCAAACAGUAAAAUAGCAUCCAUCUCGGAGGAACUGUGCAUUGGAUGUGGUAUCUGUGUCAAGAAAUGUCCAUUUGAAGCGAUAUCUAUCAUUAAUCUUCCUAGCAAUUUGGAGAAGGAAACAACGCAUCGCUACUCGAAAAACUCGUUUAAGUUGCAUAGACUUCCUAUUCCGCGUCCCGGCGAAGUUCUCGGGCUUGUAGGUACUAAUGGAAUUGGUAAAUCGACCGCCCUUAAAAUUUUAGCCGGCAAACAAAAACCAAACCUGGGCAGGUUUUCCGACCCGCCAGAUUGGACAGAAAUUCUCAGUCACUUCAGGGGCAGCGAAUUGCAGAAUUAUUUCACCAAGAUCUUAGAGGAUGAUCUGAAAGCGCUUAUCAAGCCUCAGUAUGUAGAUCAGAUUCCUAAAGCGGUAAAGGGCACUGUGCAACAACUACUGGACAAAAAGGACGAAUGCAAGAAUCAAAUGAUAAUCUGUGAAAUGCUCGAUCUGUUACAUAUACGCGAUCGAGGUAUUGAAGCGCUCUCCGGCGGUGAGCUGCAGCGAUUCGCUUGUGCAAUGGUAUGCAUUCAGAACGGAGAUAUCUUUAUGUUCGACGAGCCCUCUUCAUACCUUGACGUCAAACAGCGUCUCAAUGCUGCUGUGACUAUCAGAUCCCUUAUUCAUCCUGACAAAUUUAUAAUCGUCGUGGAGCACGAUUUAUCGGUCUUGGACUAUCUGUCUGAUUUCAUUUGUUGCCUCUACGGCGUGCCUGGGGCGUACGGGGUCGUCACUAUGCCGUUUUCCGUGAGAGAAGGGAUAAACAUUUUCCUCGACGGAUUCGUCCCCACGGAGAAUUUGCGUUUCCGCGAGGAGUCUCUCGUCUUCAAAGUGGCGGAGAGCGCCACCGAGGAAGAGGUUAAGCGCAUGAAUCACUACGAGUAUCCCGCGAUGACGAAGACUAUGGGCUCGUUUAAAUUGUGUGUCGAGAAGGGCCAGUUCACCGAUUCGGAGAUACUCGUGUUGCUGGGAGAAAACGGAACUGGAAAAACGACUUUCAUUAGAAUGUUGGCCGGCAACUUGCCGCCGGAUGAUGGAUCAGAGAGUAUUCCCCAGCUUCAUAUAAGUUACAAGCCACAGAAAAUAAGUCCCAAGUCUCAGGGCAUCGUCAGACAGCUGUUGCACGAGAAGAUCAGAGACGCGUACGUGCACCCGCAAUUCGUGACCGACGUGAUGAAACCCCUGAAGAUCGACGAUAUCAUGGAUCAGGAGGUGCAAAAUCUCUCUGGGGGAGAGUUGCAGCGUGUUGCUUUGGCCCUUUGCUUGGGCAAGCCUGCUGAUGUUUAUCUGAUCGACGAGCCCUCAGCAUAUUUGGAUUCUGAGCAACGUUUGGUCGCUGCGAAAGUUAUCAAAAGGUUUAUAUUGCACGCGAAAAAAACGGGAUUCGUGGUGGAGCACGAUUUUAUAAUGGCAACGUAUCUGGCGGAUCGCGUGAUAGUAUUUUCCGGCACGCCGUCUCUGGCGACCGUUGCGCACAGUCCUCAGUCUUUGUUGAAUGGCAUGAAUAGAUUUUUGGAGCUGUUAGGCAUCACCUUUAGAAGAGACCCGAACAACUUCCGACCGAGGAUCAACAAGAAUCAAUCGGUGAAGGAUUUGGAGCAGAAGAGGGCCGGUCAAUAUUUCUUCUUGGAGGAAUAAGAUGCAUAGUAUUGUGUGUGUGUAUGUGUGUGUAUGUGUGGCGGUGUAUGGUAGAAUAUACAGAGUAGACAGAAUACCGUUAAUAAGGAGUUUUUUGUAAAUCUUUAUACUUUUUAAAGGUCGGGAAUGGAUGUUUUUACGAUAUGAUAUGAUAUAUAUCGUAUAUAUCGAUAUUAUUCGACGAAACUUAACUAUCAACAUUUCCGCUGGGUAAAAUUAUUAUUUUACUGCGCGAGCGAUGCAAAAAAAUGUACAGCUAAAGAUGCGUAGCUGCCGAAUAUCGGGACGAAUAAGUGACAUGAAUUGUGUACAGGAGAAUCGAAAGCUCACCCUCGCAGACAUUGAUUUCGUGCAUUUACUAGCUAUUUAUAUAAUUUGUGUAUAUUCGAUUGUCUCGAACGCGAGGAAAUCUCAAUGUCACAGGCACACGUUUACAUGUUCGGUUCGAUGAAAUAAUAUUGAAAAUCGCGAGAGCCACGCGCAACUGAAUCGUCAACGAGGAAAUUAUUUCGUUCCGGGUUGAAGGUGCAGGAACGAUGCGUUAUAUAUCUCUCUCGAUACACGAUAAAAACUAUAAAAUUAUCUCAUUAUUUCUUCCUGGAUAUUUAUUUCGGAUUAAUAUCACAAUCUCUUUUUCCCGUCAUUUCUUUCGUCCUUAUGUUUUUCUCCCUUGUACUGAUAUAGGAACCUCCGUAUGUAAGAUUUUUUUCCUGGAGGGGGGGGAAGGGUAAGACUGGGUAUAAAUCAAGGUUCCCCGUCUACAGUAGCGAAGUCGUCAAAUCUCCGCUUGUCAGACGACGCACACACACACACACGUGUAAAUGUUCCUACGAUCAGCUAUACAUACGACUGAGCUGCGUGCGUAGCUCGACUGUCUACUGAGCGGCAAUAUAGAGAGAAUUCUAAUACGCGGGAGAGGGAGAAACGAAGGACUUAUAUGGAGGUUCUAUCAUCGUCUAUCGUUGAAUGAAAGUUAUAUAUCCUUUUCUUAUUCAUGUUCUCGAGUUAACAGGUAAUAAAGUUCAAACGAAUUUUUACCUGAAAGUAAUUGUGCGGGAUAUACGUGUGUGCAUUUGAAAUUCAAGUUAACUUUAUCAAACCGCUGGUUGUAUUUAGAGUGCGGUCGUUAAGAGUUACGAUAUUCAAAUUUUUUGUUUAUGCUUGCACAGAACGCCAGCACAUUUUUGCAAGUGCAAACGUAAUCUCAAGGCCGCCGAUAAAUACUUCGUUGAAAAUUCGUCUUUUCCUCGAAAAUUCGUCUACGUCGAAAUGACAGGUAUUUCGGAGAAAAGAAUUAUUUUAGAUAAUGGAAAAGUGUUCCUUAAUUACAGAGUAUUUGAACCGUGACGUAGGUCUUACAUAUGUAUAAACUUCUGAUUCCGUGUAAAUGUAUGCAUGCCUAUUUAAACGUAAUGGUACCAAUUUUAUCAACGUUGUUUUAUCAAUUUAAUUUUAUUUAUGUGCCUGCAAAAGAAGAGACGUGCAUCAUCGUACGUCUCCCUAAUAGGCGAAUUCGAACUGAAGCGAUUCGGUGAAAUUCUUGAACGUAAAAUUAUUCGAUUGUACAAUUCAUACGUAAUAAUAGAUAUAUAUUUGCUGCAAUUGCGACGCAAAUACCUUAAGACUCCAGGAUACUCGCUAUAGCUGUCCUUCUUUGAUGACGUCAGAGGCGAAGAAAAUCAUGAUAAUCUAUGUGAUGAUAUAUAUGUGGAAAUAAAAGAAUAUACGCACAAAAUAACAUUCGUGAUCGAUUCAACACAUUUGUAAAAAUGUCUGAACGCUCUCCUCUAUCCUAAAUAAUUAAUAAAUAACCAUAAAUUAGUGUAACAUGCAACUUACGUUUUUAACUUAUCUUUUUUUGUGAUUUCUGUUACAUUAAUUUAUAGUUAUUUAUUAAUUAUUCAAUUUAAAAGAAAGCGUUCUGAUAUUUUUACAAAAGUUUUACUGAAUCGAUUAUGAGUGUUAUUUUGUGCGUAUAUUUUUUUAUUUUCAUAUAUACUGUCACAUAAAUUGGCAUGAUUUUCCUCGCUUCUGACGUCAUCAAAGGAUAGCCAUUGCGAAUAUCCAGGAGCUUCAACUUUCUGACAGUAAGAUUGGGAUUGAAUGUGACUUCACGGUUAAUUUAUUUUACAACGUGCAUCUGCUGUUUCUCUCCUUAAGGAACAUUUCAUAUUUAUUAUUUAGUUAUUAUUUAUUUCUUUUUACACAUUUUGUACAUUGGUUACAUAAAAAUAAAUAAAACAGAGCAUAGGGUCCCAACCUUA